AAAUGGUUAGGCCUUCUUGGUUGCACAUUACAUCAAUGGGCCUCUCUCACUCUCUCUCUCACAGACAUUUUUGUCGAACAGAUGGUGUUCCCUCGUAAACAGUUACCGAACUAAUUAAGUACUCCCUUUUUUUUUUUUUGAACAACAAUUAAGUACUCCCUAGUCCCUAGCUUUGUUUUUUCCGACUAAUAGGAGCAAAACGAGACCCUAGCUGAGUGGUGUGAGUGAGAGCGAGAAACAUGGAAGGAGUUGAGCUGGAACUAGAGAGAAGAAGCAAGUUCUUGAACAGCUUGAUACAGCAGAAGAAGAAGGCUAAAGAGGAGCAGGAGCAGAAAGACGAGUUCAAUGUCCGAGUUCGAGCUUCCGACAUGCCUCUGUCAGUGCAAAACAGAGCCUUCAGUUUCCGUGAGCUCUUGAAUGCUACUCCUGGAAAGGCCGACAACAAACGACUCGCUCUCGCCCUUAAAAAGGACUUCGAUUCUGCAUAUGGCCCUGCAUGGCACUGCAUUGUUGGGACCAGCUUUGGUUCAUACGUGACUCAUUCCGUUGGAGGAUUCAUAUAUUUCCAGAUCGACAAGGUUUAUGUUCUUCUAUUCAAGACUGCUGUGGAACCUUUAGAUCACCAAUGAGAAUGUUGAUCAUGUAUUAUUUAUUCACGCUAUUUAUUUUCAAGUUUGAUGUGUUAAUCAAUCUCCUAGACAAAAUCUUUGAUGCAAAUCAAGAAUAGGUUUGUUAUUCGUGUUGUGUAAUUACAAACGAACUUUGUUAUGUUCUUUAGAAACUUCUCUUUUCUGGUA